AUGCACCCUCUGUGUUGUAUAUCGCUAGAAAGCCCAGCGAUCGGAGACCAGUCGCCAGAGCCGAUUCUAUUGAGAACCGGCUCUGUUAACACGAUAUCCGGCGGAUCUGAUGGCAAUGCCGGACUAUCUGACGUCAGCUUCGCGGGGCUACUCUACAAGUGGACCAAUUACAGCAAGGGUUGGAGAUCCAGAUGGUUUGUGCUGCGUGAUGGAGUCCUCUCUUACUCCAAGAUCAAGAUCCGCCGGCCGGGAAGUCUGGCUCUUCUUCCGGUAGCAGAUGACGUCACGAUCAUUGGUGACUUGUCCUCCGAUCGCCUUUCGCGUCUCAACAGUUGUGGACUACGUAAUAAGCAGCAGAAAAAUGUUCGCACUGUUCACCUCAAGAUAUCAUCUUUUCGAGAGAGCAAGUCAGAUGAUAGGCGGUUUUAUAUAUUUACUGCUACAAAGACCCUUCAUUUGAGGACUAAUUCGAAGAAAGAAAGGCAGGCCUGGAUAGAAGCUUUGGUCUCCACAAGAAGUCUUUUUUCACUGAGACCCUUGAAUGGUAAUACAUCCCUGGUACCAAAUGACAUAUCUCUAUCAACUGAGAAGCUUAAGAAACGUUUGCUUGAAGAGGGGAUCAGCGAGGUACUUGUCAAAGACUGUGAGCAAAUAAUGCUCUCUGAGUUUUCGGAAAUACAUGAUCAAUUUAAAGUUCUUUGUAAAGAGCGGUCCAAUUUGCUUGACACAUUAAGGCAGUUGGAGGCAUCUAAUAUUGAAGUUGAAGCCUCUGGAGUUCAUGAUGGUGAAUUCCAAUUGAUGAAGCACGAAUGCAGCACAACUGAAUCAUCUGAUGAUGUUGAGAAACAAGAGCUUGAGGAAGUGUCGGAUGAAGAGGAAACUUAUUUCUUUGACACAAAAGAGUAUUUUCCUGAGUCAAUUAUUAGUUGUGGGUUUCUAGGUGCAGAUCACAUGGAUAAGUGUGUGGAACUGGAAAAUCAAAAGGACCAUACAAAUGGAAUCAAUGCUAAGAAGGAUCUUGUUGACUCAACAGAGCUACAAAUCGAAAGGCGAAAGAAGCUUCCGGAUCCAGUUGAGAAAGAAAAAGGGGUUAGCCUUUGGUCUAUGAUCAAAGACAACGUUGGAAAGGAUCUCACUCGAGUCUGUCUUCCUGUGUACUUUAAUGAGCCAAUAUCAUCCCUCCAGAAAUGUUUUGAAGACUUGGAGUAUUCUUAUCUUUUAGAUCGGGCAUAUGAGCACGGUAAAGCGGGAAAAAGUCUCUUAAGAGCUUUGAAUGUUGCUGCCUUUGCGGUCUCUGGAUAUGCUUCAUCUCAAGGCCGGCACUGCAAACCUUUCAAUCCUUUGUUAGGGGAAACUUAUGAAGCUGACUAUCCUGAGAAAGGAAUUCGCUUCUUUUCUGAGAAGGUUAGUCACCACCCAACUCUCAUAGCCUGCCACUGUGAAGGUAAAGGGUGGAAAUUCUGGGGUGAUAGUAAUAUCCGAACAAAAUUUUGGGGGAGAUCAAUUCAGCUUGACCCUGUUGGAACAUUAACCUUAGAGUUUGAUGAUGGAGAGAUUUUCCAGUGGAGCAAGGUCACAACAACCAUUUAUAAUCUUAUUCUUGGUAAAGUAUACUGUGACCACCAUGGAUUAAUGCAUAUACAAGGUAAUCGCCAAUAUUCAUGCAAGCUCAAGUUCAAAGAGCAGUCUAUUCUUGACCGAAAUCCUCACCAGGUUGAUGGAUUUGUUGAAGAUAUCAGGGGUAAAAAAGUUGCAACCUUACUUGGGAAGUGGGAUGAUAGCAUGUAUUAUAUAAAUGGAGACGAGGGCAGCAAGGUGAAGAAUUUGUCUGACACAUCUUUAUUGUGGAAAAGGAGUAAGCCGCCUCCUAAUCUCACUCGUUACAACUUAACAUCUUUUGCAAUAACAGUAAAUGAGUUAACGCCAGGAUUGCAGUUGUUUCUGAUCCCGGGUAUUUGAUCACGGAUUAAGGAGAAACUCCCACCCACGGAUUCAAGACUUAGGCCAGACCAGCGGCACUUAGAAAAUGGGGAAUAUGACAAGGCAAAUGCAGAGAAGCUACGAUUGGAGAGGCGGCAAAGGAUGUCCAGGAAGUUACAAGAAAAUGGGUGGAAACCUCGAUGGUUCCAAAGAGAAGGUGUUGAUGGACCCUUCCGUUAUGUGGGUGGUUACUGGGAAGCACGACAGGAUGGAAAAUGGGAUGGAUGCCUGGAUAUAUUCAGUGAUUUUUAAUGAUGACCUUGUUCAUUGACUGAAGGGUCAUUAUUUUUACCAAGCUAAUGCAGGACCAAGUAAAAGCCUAUGAGGGCUGUUGCAGAGCAGGCUUUGCACAUAUGUAGACUAAUUAUUGAGGCUCACAACCUUCAAUUCCAGGGGACUUGGGCGUGAAGAAUCACUCUUUUGGUUAGUACAUGUUGGUUAUACCAGUCAAAUCUCCUAGUUAUCAUAUUGUGCAGAGAUACAUUUUGUGUAGUCUCUCUCUCUCUCUCUACAUUGGUUAUAGCUCCUUCGACUUAGCUAGCUGCUUGCUAACCAUUUGAUUUGAG